UUGCUUCGAUAGUACCUGGUACUGCAUCCUAGUUUGAUACCAGGAACCUGGAAAUACCGGCAUGCUUCUAUUCUCAGGGUCCCUGGCCGCCGGCAGCCUUGAUUACUUAAUUGAUUACUGCAGCGCGGCGCUCUAUUGGAACGGACGAAUCUAAAUUGAUUAAUUAAUCAAUUGCUGGUGAUUGUCUGCAUUGGAGCCGCAGGGGAUCGAAACGACGGCCGAUGCGCCGUGCAUGCGUGGACUUUUGUGCUGCUGCGGCGCAAAAUAUGACCAGACGGGUACGUACCGGGCGGUACCUGCCAUGCGCAGCGCGCCGCACGCAACACGCUCGUACCACCAUCGUAGGUAUACUUCGUAUUGCCCUGUCAAAUCGCACGCACAAGGCGCCGUGAUCUCGAAUUUGAUGCCCCUCCCCUCCCUCCCCUCCGUGGCCUCCCCUCUUUUUUUAUUUUUUACUUCUUCUUCUUAUUCCCUGCCCCUGUCGCUGCCAUGCCUGGCCACUAGAUUGGAUGCCUUUUCCAGAGAUCUCUCCGUCGUCAUUUGGAUCCUUCCCCGGCAUCAUUGUGGAUUUCUCAAGCUGCGCCGACCUUGCUUGGCCAAGCACCGCAGACGCGGCGAUGCCGUGGGAUUUCGUCCUGACAAAUCGCCUGCCCAACGCCGAGAGUCCUCCUGCACCACCGCACGCUACACUGCACUACUGGGCAUACACUACAGCAGCAGAGCACGGCACAGCGAACGAACGAGACAAGCAUCAUUCCUGAGGUUUGGCGAUGCCAUGGCCCAAGUUCCCCGCCGCCGCCGGCCUUUCGCCACCAUGCUCCAACCGCACUCCAGAGCCCCAUGGCGCUAGCUGUUGGGAUAGGGCUGGAAUAAGCCUCUAGCGCGAACAGGUACACGGAACUGCUGGCCAUGGAGCCCUUCUCUUGUCGCUGCCUGGUUCG